CCACCGCCGCUCUUCCUCGGCGAGCUGCAGUCGCAGAACUCCGACCUGCAGCGUGAGCUCGGGAACCUCAAGAAGGAGCUGGAACUGACCAACCAGAAGCUCGGCUCCAGCAUGCACAGCAUCAAGACCUUCUGGAGUCCCGAGCUUAAGAAGGAGCGGGCGCUGAGGAAGGAGGAGAGCGCCAAGUACAGCCUCAUCAACGACCAACUCAAGCUCCUCAACCAGGAAAAUCAGAAACAAGCUAUGCUUGUAAGACAACUGGAGGAGGAGCUAAGACUGAGGAUGAGGCAGCCCGCUCCAGAGCUGCAGCAGCAGCUGGAGGCGCUGUACGCCGAGAACGAACACCUGCAGAGAGAGAUAGCGAUAUUGAGGGACACGAUAAAGGAACUGGAGCUUCGGAUCGAAACACAAAAGCAAACACUGCAAGCAAGGGAUGAAAGUAUUAAAAAACUAUUGGAAAUGUUACAAAACAAAGGAAUGGGUAAAGAAGAAGAAAGGCAAAUGUUCCAACAAAUGCAGGCAAUGGCACAGAAACAGUUGGAUGAGUUUCGGCUGGAGAUCCAGAGGAGAGAUCAGGAGAUCCUCGCCAUGGCUGCGAAGAUGAAGGCUUUAGAGGAGCAGCAUCAGGACUACCAGCGUCAUAUCGCUGUCCUCAAGGAGUCGCUGUGCGCUAAGGAGGAACACUACAGUAUGCUACAGACUGACGUAGAAGAAUUAAAAGCACGCCUGGAAGAAAAGAGUAGAAUGGUAGAGAAGAAGACAGCAGCGGCGUUAGCUGCGGCCCACGAGCUAGCAGAACUACGAGACCACUCAGAAAUAAAGGAUAGAAAGAUUAACGUACUCCAAAGAAAGAUUGAAAACCUUGAAGAUUUAUUGAAAGAAAAGGAUAAUCAAGUGGAUAUGGCACGAGCGAGACUAAACGCUAUGCAAGCUCAUCAUUGUUCUUCUGAAGGUGCUCUAUCUUCGCUCGAAGAAGUUAUUGGGGAUAAAGAGAAACAAAUACAGCAGUUGAGAGAACAAAGAGACAGAGCCGAGCACGAGAAGAAUGAGGAGAGAGAGCUUCAUGAGCGUGAAAUUGCUGACUACAAGAUGAAAUUGCACGCACUCGAGAGUGAGGUUGAAAAACUUGGCGCAAGAUUGGAGAGGGCUCAAGCCGAAAAGGACAGGCUGGAAGCCAAAUUAGAGAGCUCACAGUCUGAACUAGGCAAGUCGAAGGCAGAAUUAGACAAAGCUGCAAGCGAAGUUGGUAGGUCUGGUGCUGACUGGGAAGCAGCGAAACAACGACUCGCAAGACUUGAACUUGAAAACGAGCGACUGAAACACGAGCUCGAAAGGUCUCAAACGACUUUCGGCAGAAGUACACUAACUACCUCGCAAGAAUUAGACAGAAUUCAAGAAAAGGCUGAUAAGGCAUCUGCCGAAUUGCGGCGAACUCAAGCGGAGCUGAGAGUCACGCAGGCGGAUGCCGAAAGAGCCAGAUCUGAAGCUAGCGGCCUACAGGACAAAUUGGAAAAAUCGCAAGGCGAGGUAUAUCGCCUCAAGGCUAAAUUAGAAAAUGCACAAACAGAACAAGACAGCCUCAAGGAGGAAUACGAUCGCCUUCAAUCUUCCAUAAGUCGUCUUCACUCCGAGCGUGACAAAGCAAUUGCAGAACUUGACAAGGCUAGGGAAGAAUUAGAAAGGACUCAGGCCACUCUUGGUAAGGCGCAGCUACAGCAAGACAAACUGCAAGCUGCGCUGGACGCUGCUCAUUCAGAAAUCGACAAGCUGCAGGAGAAAUUAGAUAAAUCUGCAACUGAAGUGAGAAAGCUUCAGGUAGACCGCGAGAAAUCGGCGUAUGACUUCGAGUCGCUGCAGUCACAGUUGGAUAAGGCUCUCGGACAAGCUGCUCGACUACAGAAGGAGAGAGACACGGCGCAACUCGAUGCAGAUAGAUUUAGAGACAAACAUGAGAAAGCUCAGGGACUCGUUUCACGUAUCCAGAAAGAGAGAGAUGCAGCGUUAGCGGAAGCCGCGAGUUGCAGAGAGCGUGCUGAGGCAGCAGCAGCCGCGGCUAAUAGGGCAGCGAGGGAUAGAGACAGCGCGUCUACAGAACUAGACGUGCUCAGGGAAAGAUGGGAAAAGGCUCACCAGCAACACCAGAAAUUGACGAUGGAACGUGACGAUGCUCUUACGGAAUUAGAAAUAUUGAAAGAGAAACUAGACAAGGCUCUUUAUUCAACCCAGAAAACUAUCGAAGAAAAGGAAUCAGCGCACAAGGAAUAUGAGAAAAUGCUUGAAAAGUAUGAUAGAUCACAAAAUGAAAUUUAUCGACUCCAAAACAAGAUAGAUAUUCUAGAAGCUGAUAAGGAUCGUCUUGAAUUGGAGUUAGAAAAGCAUGUACAUUUGUCGUCAAAAUCUAGAGAGGACCAAAGAAAGCUUCAAGAUGAAUUAGCAACAGUACAAGAAAUGUAUGACAGAGCUUCGAUACAGUUAGGAAGAACUAAAGAACAAGAAGAAAAGGCAAAGGAAGAUAUGGAUAGAUUGAGUGUCGAUAUCGAAAUGGUGCGAGAACGAUAUGAAAAGGGUCAAAUUGAAUUGAGAAGGCUUCAAGCUGAAAAAGAAAAGCUAGUUGCUGAUAGUGAAAGGUUACAGUUUGAAUAUGAUAGAGCAAUGACUCAGUGUGGAAAAGCACAAGCAUCUAACGAAAAAACACAGGAGGAAAUGGCAAGAGUGCAACUAGAGCUUGAAAAGAUGUACGAUAAACAUGACAAGGCAACGUCUGAAUUGAGACGAGUCCAAGCUGAGCUAGAUAAGGUUAAAGCUGAUGUGAGUGGCGCCAGAGAAGAAGCGGAACGAUAUGCUGCAAGAUAUGGAAAAUAUCACGAUAGUAAAGAAGAGCACGAAAGGACUAAGUUAGAGGUGGAACGACUGCGAACUCGAUUAGACAAGACUACAUUAGAACUGGAGCGGGCGCGCAAGGCGGAAGAAGAAGUAACACGCCUACGCUCGGAGCUUGAACGCGUCGAAAAUCUUCGAGGUAAAUACCAAUUCGAUCAGGAUAAAUGGAGUACAGAAUUAAACAGAGUACAGGUGGAAUUAGAUAAGCAACUUGAACGCAACGAAGCUUCGCAAGCGGAAAUUCAACGUCUACAGAGUGAAAAGGAGCAGGCGGAAACCAAAUUGCACGAAUUAAACAUUCAGCUGGAGCUAUCAAAGACCGAAGUUACAAAACUCACUGGUGCUAUGGAGAAGCAAAGAGGGGAUCUCGAACGAGCUCAUAUUGAAUGUGAGAAAUUCAGAGAUAGAUGCGAAAAACUAAAGCUUCGGUCCGAACAACUUGAUAAGGAUAACGAGCGACUUAAGGGUGAACUACAGCAAAUAGAGAGAAUGAAACUGCAAGCAGUAGCCGGAGAUAAGGCUAGGACUGAGGAUAGGUUAGAAAUUGAACGGUUACGUGAUAAACUAGAAAAAGCGAUACAAGCCAGGGAUGCAACUGAGAUGGAAGCAGGCCGCUUAGCUAAGGAGCUUGAAAAAUCCCAGAUGCAUCUCGCUAAAUAUCAAGAAACUAACGAAAGUACGCGUGUUGAAUAUGAGCGAAUGACGAAUGAAUUAGGUCGAAUGCACGAACGCUUAGAACGGACUAUUCUUGAGAUGAGACAGAUCGAACAAGAAAGAGAUGCUUUGAGAGCAGAAAUUCAAAACACUAGACGUAAUAUCGAGCAGCAACAAAGAACAUUGGAUCACAGGACACAAGAAACGUUAGUUAAGUUACAGCAAGAGUUAGCGCAAUCUGUCAGAGAUCGAGAAAAGAUGGCCUCAAUAUUAGAACAAAGGGAUAAACAAGCAGAUGCUAUAGAGAAACAAAUAGUUAAGUUAGAAGCAGACACUAAACAGUUGACUAUAGAAAGAGAUCAGUUAGUAGCCCAAUUAGAGAAGUCUCAGGAUAUGCUUGUUAACUUCCAAAGGGAGCUCAAUGCUUCUGAAACAGAACUUCAGAAGCAACGUCAAGAGGUACGUAGGCUACAAGAAGAGCAACGUAAAGUGGUCCAAGAUUCCGAACGUGGCGCUAAAUCGAUUAUCGAAAAUCGAGACAAGGAGAUUGCGAAACUUCAACAACAAGUACAAGCAGUAACUAAAGAAAAGGAUAAUUUGAGACAGAGAGCAGAAAACGCUGAGAGGAAUGCCCAAAAAGCAGGAGAAAUCGAAAAAUGGAAAGCUGCAGUGGAAUCGGAGAAAACCAAAGCCAUUGCGGCAGAAAAAGCAUAUGCAGAGUGUCAGCAACGCUUACAGUCUUUGGAAAAACAAUUCCAGGCACAACAGCAACAAUUACAGCAGCUCCAAGCACGAGGACCCUCCGAUGUACGUGAGGUUCAGAAACAACUGGAAGCAGCGCAAGCUGAAGCGCGCUCUGUCGCGGUCGAGAGGGAACGAUGCCAGGCGCAGCUCGAGAUGCUCGUUCAGGAAUUGGAAAAGAGCCAGCUCGAUCUGCAAGAAGCGAACAAGAAACUGGCAGUUGGCAAUCAGAACGCCAGAGCUGGGGAAGAAACAGCGCACGCUAGGAAGCAGCUGCAAGAAGAAUUUAAGAAGUUAGAAGACGCAAGAAAACAAUUCGAAGAGAAUAGAAGAGCCGUAGAAAAUAAGAGGAAAGACGUGGAGGAGAAGGAGAAAUCGCUUAUGGAGUUAGAUCGACAGUUGAAGAAGAGAAAAGAACAAAUGGACCAAAUGGAAGCAUCUUUGAGGAAAGCUGGUGGAUCAGCUGCAGCGGUAACGGACCUGAAUCGUAAGCUUGGUGACACACAGAAAGAAGCUGAACAACUGAAACAACAACUUCAGAAGAGCGAUGAAGAAUCUAAGCGGCUGACUGCAGAAACGGAGAGACUGUUACAACUAGUACAAAUGUCACAGGAAGAACAGGCACAGAAAGAGAAACAAAUAAUGGAAAUGCAACAGUCUAUAAGGAAUCUUCAAGCCAAACUUAAAAGUCAGCAGCAAGCACAAGCACAAAGAGAAGAGGCCGGACCCGCUGGCUUCCUCAAAAGCUUUUUCUAAGUUAAUUCUUCUCACCAAGACUGUCGAUAAUUUGUUUUGUCCUUUUGUUUAACCUUUUCUUUAACUGUCGCGCUUUACAUGUCGCAAGCGACAACUCCUAACUCCACGUCUUUCUUUAAUACAACUGUCUCACGUAAGCUUUACAAUUGCAUUCGUAUUAAGUAAUGUUGUCAAGUUUGUAUUGAAUAUUAUAAUAAAGUGUUCAGAUAAUAAUAACGUCACUUCUUGUUAAUAACAAGUAAAAACCAUGUAUACAGGUUUUUACGAUUCAGUUCAUUGUAACCAGCACACAACUAAGGUAAUAAUUAAUAGUUUAGCUAUAAUUUCUAAGUGAUGUUUAAAAAAAUGAUAAUCGUGUUUUGCGGGAAUAUUAUUUUUUAAGUAUUAAUAAAAGGAUGUAAAACUGUUAAGUAAUCAUGUAUGUAGGUAGAACAGUAAGUUGUCCACUAGUCGAUGUUAUCCAGCUUUCAAUCUUGUUAUGCAAAAUAUCAAUUGACUAUAAAUAAAUUAAAUCGAUGUUGACUUUUCUCGAAUUAUUUUUGAGUUUAUAUUGUUGAAAAUUUUGUUAUUAAAGUAAAGACGUUUCAUUUUUUAUUCAUUUCUUUUUAUUUUCUUUCAUCUUUCACCCUCUAAAGGAAAUAGCGCGAUCAAGAAAGAGUGAAAUAGCAGCGAUAAAUGACUUGGCGGAAACAUUAAAAGAGCGGGACAAACU